ACACUGCACUAUCAAUUCAACGAAGAGGAGUCCGCGCCCUAGGCAUCCUGGGUAGGACAUUCACUCGGCGGCCAUAUUGUGUGAUCGUCCUGGCUGAAGGAGAGAGGGGCUAUGAAGGGGAUCCGGGGAAUAAGUCAGCUCUCGAGGCGGUUCUAUGCGGCUGCCAGAAAAGACCAGUCGCUUGCCCAGCCCCUUGCUGGCCUCAAGCUCUCUCCAGGGACUGCCCACUCCUACCAGGAUGUGCAUGUGACCAAACUGCCCAGUGGACUAGUGAUUGCCUCGUUGGAGAAUUACUCCCCAGCCUCAAAGAUUGGAGUGUUCGUCAAGGCUGGCUGUCGUUAUGAGACGCCUGACAACCAGGGGGUCACCCACCUGCUCCGCCUUGCCUCCAACCUGACGACCAAAGGAGCCUCGGCUUUCAAAAUAUGCCGCGGUGUUGAGGCAGUGGGAGGCAGCCUGAGCGUGACCUCAUCCAGAGAGAACAUGAUCUACACUGUUGACUGCUUGAGAGACGACAUUGACACAGUGAUGGAGUAUCUGAUCAAUGUGACCACAGCCCCUGAGUUCAGGCCGUGGGAGGUGUCAGACCUCACGCCCAGAGUGAAGCUGGACAAGGCCCACGCUGCACAUAGGGAGGAGAUUGGUGUUGUUGAAGGUCUCCAUGCAGCUGCCUACAAGAACGCCCUCUCUAACUCCCUCUACUGUCCAGACCACAUGGUCGGCAACAUCCAGUCUGAACAUCUGCACAACUUUGUUCAGAAUAAUUUCACAAGUGCAAGAAUGGCUCUUGUUGGACUUGGUGUGGACCACACAGUGCUGAAGCAAGUGGGAGAGCAGUUCCUCAACAUCCGCAGUGGGGCGGGCACCACAGGGGCCAAAGCCCAGUAUCGUGGAGGUGAGGUUCGGCUGUCCAGCUGCAGCGGUCUGGUCCACUCAGCGGUGGUGUGCCAGUCAGCGGCCGCCAGCACCGGCGAGGCUCUGGCCUUCAGUGUGCUGCAGCACGUCCUGGGUGCUGGUCCACACAUCAAGAGGGGCUCCAACGCCACCAGUAAACUGGCCCAGGGUGUUGCCAAGGCAACCAGCGACCCCUUCGAUGCCACUGCUUUCAAUGCAAGCUACUCUGACUCAGGGCUUUUUGGGGUCUACACCAUCUCCCAGGCCGCUGUUGCUGGUGAUGUGAUCAAGGCUGCUGUUGCCCAGGUGAAGGCUGUCGCUGACGGUGGAGUGACAGCUGCUGACCUCACCCGUGCCAAGGCGCAGCUGAAGGCUCAGUACCUGAUGUCUCUGGAGACCUCGGAGGGCUUGUUGGAGGAAAUUGGGACUCAGGCUCUGGCAGGCGGGGCUUACCACUCUGCUGAGGCCGUCACCAGCAACAUUGACAAUGUCUCCUUAACCGAUGUUGCCAACGCUGCAAAGAAGUUUGUGUCCGGCAAGAAGACCAUGGCCUCCAGUGGCAACCUUGUAAAAACCCCCUUCGUGGACGAGAUCUAAUCCCCUCCCUGUCACUUCGUACUAACUGUAACUCCAACGGCAAAGCGGAAUUUGUUCUGUCCAUUUCAGCGAAAACAGAAAGAGAAGACCAAGGUCAUUACGUGUCAUAAUGCUGUUGUUCCAGGAGAUAAAGUGUCACCACCAUGCCAUUGGGAAUUUAUAGCUGUUCUUAUAUUUUCAGUGGAUGCUUCAUCACUUCAUGAUCCACUCAUUCGUCCACUUGAACUGUAUAGCUGAUGUAAAUUAAUGAAUAAACUCUAUCUACCUGAAAG